AGGAGAGAAACCAUUUCACUGUGAUAUUUGUGGUAAAUCAUUCUCUGCAAGUGGCGACUUAACUAAACACAAACAUACUCAUACAGGAGAGAAGCCAUUUCACUGUGAAAUUUGUGGUAAAUCAUUCUCUGCAAGUGGCAACUUAACUAAACACAAGCAUAUUCAUACAGGAGAGAAGCCAUUUCAUUGUGAUGUCUGUGGUAAAUCAUUCUCUGCAAACAGUACCUUAACUCAGCACAAACGCGUCCAUACAGGGGAGAAGCCAUUUCCCUGUAAUAUUUGUGGUAAAUCAUUCUCUCAAAGUGCUAACUUAUCUACACACAAACGUUUUCAUACAGGAGAGAAACCGUUCCAUUGUGAUAUCUGUGGUAAAUCAUUUUCUAUAAAUAGUGACAGAACUAGACACGAACGUAUUCAUUCAGGAAACAUGCCAUAUCAGUGUGAUAUCUGUGGCAAAUCCUUUUCUGCAAGCGGUAAUUUAGCUAAGCACAAACGAAGUCAUACAGGGGUCAAGCCAUUUCACUGUAAUAUCUGUGGUAAAUUAUUCUCUUCAAGCAGUAAUUUAACCAAACACAGACGAACUCAUACAGGAGAGAAACCAUUUGGCUGUGAAAUCUGUGGUAAAUCAUUCAUUACAAGCAGUAAUUUAACCAAACACAGACGUGUUCAUACAGGAGAGAAACCAUUUCACUGUGAUAUUUGUGGUAAAUCCUUCUCUGCAAAUGGUACUUUAACUCUACACAAACGCAGUCAUACAGGGGAGAAGCCAUAUCAUUGUGAUGUCUGUGGUAAAUCAUUCUCUCAAAAUAUUGUAUUAACUACACACAAACGUAUUCAUACAGGAGAGAAACCAUAUCAGUGUGAUAUCUGUGGUAAAUCAUUCUCCCAUAAUAGUGUCUUAACUACACACAAAUCUAUUCAUACAGGAAAGAGACCAUUUCAGUGUGAUAUCUGUGGUAAAUCAUUCUCACAAAGCAAUCACUUAACCGAACACAUACGUAUUCAUACAGGAGAGAAACCAUAUCACUGUGAUAUCUGUGGUAAAUCAUUCUCUCACAGUAGUCAAUUAACAAAACACAGACGUAUUCAAACAGGAGAGAAACCAUAUCACUGUGAUGUCUGUGGUAAAUCAUUCUCUGCAAAUAGUACCUUAGUUAUACACAAACGUAUUCAUACAGGAGAGACACCAUAUCAUUGUGAUAUCUGUGGUAAAUCUUUCUCUGAAAAUAUUGCAUUAACAAAACACUAUUACAUUCAUACAGGGGAGAAGCCAUGUCAGUGUGAUAUCUGUGGUAAAUCAUUCUUUCAGAAUACUAACUUAACACAACACAAACGUGUCCAUACGGGGGAGAGACCAUACCAUUGUGAUAUCUGUGGUAAAGUGUUCUCUCAAAGUAUUCACUUAACUAAACACAGAUCUAUUCAUACAGGAGAGAAACCAUAUCAGUGUGAUAUCUGUGGUAAAUCAUUCUCCCAUAAUAGUGUCUUAACUACACACAAACGUAUUCAUACAGGAGAUAAACCAUAUCACUGUGAUGUCUGUGGUAAAUCAUUCUGUCAAAAUAGUAGCUUAAUGAAACACAAAUAUAUUCAUACAGGAGAGACACCAUAUCGUUGUGAUAUAUGUGGCAAAUCCUUUUCUCAUAUUAGUAUCUUUACUAGACAUAAACGUAUUCAUACAGAAGAGAAACCAUGUCAUUGUGAUAUCUGUGGUAAAUCAUUCUCUCAGACUAAUCACUUAACUACACACCAACGCGUUCAUACAGGAGAAAAGCCAUAUCACUGUGAUGUCUGUGGUAAAUCUUUCUCUCAAAGUGGUCACUUAACUGGUCACAAACUUAUUCAUACAGGUGAGAAACCAUAUCAUUGUGACAUCUGUGGUAAAUCAUUCUCUCAAAGUGCUCACUUAUCUACACACGUACGUAUUCACACGGGAGAGAAACCAUAUCAGUGUGUUAUCUGUAGUAAAUCAUUCUCUGAAAAUACUGCCUUAACAAAGCACAAUCGUACUCACACAGGAGAGAAACCAUAUCAGUGUGAUAUCUGUGGUGUAUCGUAUUGUCAUAAUCGUGCCUUAAUUAUACACAAGCGUGUUCAUACAGGAGAGAGACCAUAUCACUGUGAUAUCUGUGGUAAAGCAUUCUCUUCAAAUAGUGUUUUAGCUAGACACAAACGUACACAUACAGGUGAAAAACCAUUUCACUGUGAUAUCUGUGGUAAAUCAUUCCCUGAAAGUGGUACCUUAUCUAAACACAAACGUACUCAUACAGGAGAGAGACCAUAUCACUUCGAUAUUUGUGGUAACUCAUACACAGCAAAUAUUGAUGGAACUAAACCUAUUCAUUCAGGAGAGAAACCAAAUGACUGUGAUAUUUGUGAUAAAUCAUUCACUAACCGUGGUAGUGUUACUGCUCACAAACGUACUCAUACAGGAGAGAAGCCAUAUCAGUGUGAUAUCUGCGGUAAACCAUUCUCUCAGAAUGGUGCCUUAACUAUACACAAACGUGUUCAUACAGGAGAGAAACCAUAUCAGUGUGAUAUUUGCGAUAAAUCAUUCUCUCAAAAAGUUAUCUUAAUUAAACACAUUCGUAUUCACACAGGAGAGAAACCAUAUCGUUGUGAUGUCUGUGGUAAAUCAUUCUCUCAAAGUAUUCACUUAACUGACCACAUACGUGUUCAUACAGGAGAGAAACCCUAUCAUUGUGAUAUCUGUGGUAAAUCGUUCUCUCAUAGUAGUAGCUUCAAGAAACACAAAUGUGUUAUUUAUACUGGAGAGAAACCAUAUCAGUGUGAUAUCUGUGGUAAAUCAUUCUCUCAAAAAAGUCACUUAACUAGGCACAAAUUUAUUCAUACAGGAGAGAAAUCAUAUCAGUGUGAUAUCUGUGGUAAAUCAUUCUCUCAAAAAAUUCACUUAACUAAGCACAAUUUUAUUCACACAGGGGAGAAAGGAAAGAGCUAGCUUCCACAAUUUUUUGUUUGCUGUUUAUCUUUAAUGAUCUUCUGCUCUGUGCAAUUGAAAUUAAAGCAUUUUCAAAACUUA